AUGCCACCGGGGGCUUUCAUUGCGUCACAAGACGUCAACGCCGGCGGGUCCAAGAUGUAUAGUGCGUUCAAGAGCACACAAGCCUUCGAGGAAUACACUGCAAGGAUGGCCGCCGACUGCCGAACGCCGCACUUGUACGAGAUCCUGCUCGCUUCAGAGGCUUCUUGGCUCUACUCGGACCUCGACUACACGUUGCGUGCCAACGAUCCACAGGAGUUUCUCGAGAGGCGCCAGCAUCUCCACCACCUCUUCGAGCACUUCUGCACCCAUAUCAUGCAGCUUCCUCCUGGUCUACUCCAGCCCCCUGAAGUUGCUGCAUCCCAUGGAGCCCUUUCCCACGGUCUUUACAAGUGCAGCGUUCACGAGGUUUGGAAGGGAGUCUACUUCUCGGAUCUGGAGGCGCGUACUGAAUUCAAAACGGCCUUCAGCCACUUCUUGGACCACCCUCCGGCGGAGCUGGCACGCAGCGCGGAGUUCAUUGGAUACAUGAAGCCCGACAGCGGGUUGAAGAGAGAAAAGAUCUGGGAUGAUUCCGUUUCUCGAGGAACCGAAACUGGCGCACCCUCCGCUCAAGCAAACUCGGAAGCACGCGCAUCCUCUGCCCGGACAAGAGUAGCUCAGAGCAUGUCUCCGACCACCUCAUCGGUGUUCGCGAAUAGCAAGAACUGGCGCGCGCGCACAAGAUCGACGUCCGACCGCUGCAAGAGUACAACGCAGCGGCAGGAGUGGGUGGCGCAUCGAGUGGCGCGGCGCAUGGCCGUGUCAGCGAUCGACAGAUCCCCAGGCAUCGAGCGUCUCUGCUCUCUUGAGAGGUCCCUCUGCUGGACCGAAGAGUACUCGCUGCCGAGUGAAAUGCGACCCUACCCCACGGUCAAGAUCCACCCGGAAACUCUGCGGACGCUCCUGGUGAGAGCGAACAAGGGGGUCGGGAAGUCGAAGGCCGGUUCUACCUAUCUAGUGGAGAUGCUCGGGAAGAACCCAUCUGCCAGUUGUGUCGUCAUCGCUAGCAACGUGGCGCUGGCUGACAAGCACCUGGAGGAGCUUCAUCGAGCGGGGCUGACGGACUUCGUGCUCUACUCCGAUGUCGAGCCUUGGGCUAUUGAAGACGAGAGGGUCGUCAUCUGCAUCAGCUCCAUGCCCCGACUGAGCUCCCUUGACAAAGACAUCGUCUACAUGGACGAGAUGGACGUGACCCUGGGCAAUCUGACUCCGACGUCAUGA